UUUUUUACUGGGUGACUGGGGAGAAUUUCUGAGUGACCUUCCGUCCUCAGUUCCUGAGCUGGGUAGAUGCAAUCUCGUUUUUUUUCACUAACUCUGCUUGCGGUAAAGUCAGUUUCACUUUUGCUCUCAACAAUGAAAAGCAACUCCAGGGAACCGAGGGCUUUCCAGUUGCUGCUGGGCUGCACUGCCGCUGUGGGAAGUCGGACCUGGACAUGACCAUGCCCUCCACGAGGACCGUGAAGAGCCCCAGCUUCGGCCAGCACUUUUGGAUGAUGGUGAUCUGCACGGUGCUCCUGCAAGUGCUCCUGCAAGCCCUGUGUGCGGCGCUGACUUACGUGUACCUCACUAAUGAGGUGAAGCAGCUGCAGAACAAAUUCUCCAGAAGUGGAAUAUCGUGCUUGUUAAAAGAGGAAGAGGAUCCCUGGGGCUCCACUGAGGAAGAACACAGACACUGCUUGCAGGCUAAGAGGAAACUGUAUCAGCUUAUUGAAGAAGUGACUUUGAGGACAUUUGGGGAAACCAUUUCUACAGUUCCAGAAAAAAGAAUUAAUUUCCCACCCAGAGGUGGAAAACUUCAGAGAGUGGCAGCUCAUAUUACUGGAAUGACUCGGAAAAGCAGCUCAGCCUUAAUUCCAAUCUCCAAGGAUGGAAAGACCUUGGGCCAGAAGAUAGAAUCCUGGGAGUCAUCGAAGAAAGGGCAUUCGUUCCUCAGCUAUGUACAUUUGAGAAAUGGAGAGCUGAUCAUCCAGGAACAGGGCCUUUAUUACAUCUAUUCCCAGACGUACUUCCGGUUUAAAGAGGCUGAAGACACUUCCAAGGCAGUCUCCAAGGACAGAGGGAAAAACAAACAAAUGAUACAGUACAUCUACAAAUACACCAGCUACCCAGACCCCAUAAUGCUCAUGAAGAGUGCCAGAAACAGUUGUUGGUCCAGAGAUGCAGAAUACGGACUCUAUUCCAUCUAUCAAGGGGGGUUGUUUGAGCUUAAAGAAAAUGACAGGAUUUUUGUUUCUGUGACAAAUGAGAAUUUGGUGGACCUGGACCAAGAAGCCAGUUUUUUUGGAGCCUUUUUAAUUAACUAAAUGAUCUGCAGCGAUCACACACAGCCCUAAAUGUCCAGUCGUCUAGGUCGAUGUCUGUGGUUUAUACUGUCGCCAGGUCCCACGUGGAACUCACAGUUUUGAGAGACGUAAUAGGCUUCUGUGACAACCUCUACCCCUACGCCCCCUCCAAUCCCCAAAAAGUAGCAGCCUAGACAGGAAGUCAUCAAAGACAACUCUUUU